AUGGAAUCCUCUUCGCCUGAAGAAAAGAAACCGAAACCUAAGAUGAUGUUUAAGAAGCGGACUUUUGACAAAAAGACAGAAAAUGGGGUAGUCAAAUCAGCUGGACCCACAGAUGAUAUCAGCUUUUUUAGUCGCUCCAAAGAUACAUUCGUCAGCGCGGCGGAAAUACGUCAACGAGAUCUAGCUAGGAGAGGAAAAGAGAAGGCUGAGAAAUUCUACUCCCCACCUUUGACCAUCAACAAAGGUUCUCCCAAGGGUAAGAAGAGGAGAAGCAGUGAGGAGCUUUCGGAAGAUGAUGAAAUUAAGUUGGGAAGAUCUACAAAUAAUCAGAGUGUAUCCCUACAUAGCCGCUAUAAAAAUGCAAAAAUAAUUCUCGAUGAUUCCGACAACGAGGCUUCGCCAUCUGUGCAGAAGAAGAGGGACCGCGGGAUUGAACUUACACCACCUCCGUGCCUCUAUUAUGAACCCGCCUUGCCUCGUCCUAUUCCCAAACCCAAUUUUCAGUCGCCAGUGAUCUCGCUUUCGGAUAGCGAACCGGAUCUUAUAGUUACCAGCAGUGCACCGGUCACAACAAUUGACAACUAUGAUGACGAUGAACCCCAGGAGCAGAAUCCUGCCUUGGCAGCGAUAGAGAAGAAGGCAAGGGAGAGAGCUGCACGCAUGCGCGCGACCCAAUCCCCGUCCGUUGAAUCACAGAGUGCUUUCCUUGGACCAUGUGUCUCCAUACUUGUUACCUCUGACAUUCCGAAAACAAAGCCGUUGAUAUGUAGACGCCGAGUUGGACAAACUUUAAAGGAAGUUAGAUUGGCCUGGUGUCAACGUCAAGGUUUCAAUGAGGACACGACCAGCGAUGUUUUUCUUACCUGGAAGGGUAACAAGAUAUUCGAUGUCAAUACCUGCACCGGCAUGGGCAUCAGCCCUGAUGAAGAGGGGAACUUUGAGGAAAAUACUGACGGGGUGAAGGAUAAGCAUCUCCAUUUUGAAGCAAUGACAGCGGAGAUUUUUGCCGAGAGGGAGAGAAGCCGUGAGGCGCAAUACGAUGGUCUUGAGGAAGAGCCAGAGGAGAAAGUAGAGGAGUCUAUCGGAAUAGUCCUUAAGAGCAAAGGAUAUGCCAAUUUCCCCACCAAAGUUAGACCGGAAUUUAUUCUUUUACAACCACUCAUAAUGAGCAACCCGUUCAGUAUAAAUGGCGGCGCAGUCGUAGCGAUGGUUGGAAAGGAUUGUGUCGCUAUUGCCUGUGAUCUGAGAUUAGGAAUGCAGGCCCUUACCGUAUCCAAUGAUUUCCCCAAGAUCUUCAACUACGGCGAUGUCUAUCUAGGUCUGACGGGUUUGGCGACGGACGUUACAUCUGUCUCCGAGCUCUUCCGCUAUAAGGUGAACAUGUACCGCCUACGAGAGGAACGUGAUAUCGAGCCCCAGACUAUGGCGAAUCUAGUCUCAUCGUCUCUAUACGAAAAGCGAUUCGGACCAUACUUUGUUUCGCCUGUAAUCGCCGGAAUUAACCAACAUAGCGGCAAGCCAUUUAUCUGCGGGUUUGACUCGAUUGGGUGUAUCAACUUUGCUGAAGACUUUAUUGUGUCGGGAACGGCAUCUGACCAGCUCUUUGGUACUUGUGAGGGAUUGUGGGAGCCUGAUUUGGAACCGGAAGACUUAUUCGAAACCAUCUCUCAGGCACUCCUUAACUCUGUCGAUCGUGAUGCGUUGUCAGGUUGGGGCGCACACGUUUACCUCGUAACCAAAGAUAAGGUCGUCAAGAGGCUCCUCAAGGGAAGACAAGACUAAUAUAAAUAAAAGGAUGGAGAGGACUUCUGCGAGAUCUAUGAUGGGAUUGGGUAUCUGUAUUUAUACUCAUAAAUCACCACGUCGUCUCCCCAAUUCCUAGAGCUGUGGAUAGCUACAAAUAAAUACCCUUACCCGUC